AUGCACCGUCCGUUCCGUUGUCCGAUCCUUGUGACCGCCGCCGUGGUCGGUGGCGCCGCGCUGGCCGCCAUCAUCUACUACUAUUGGAGCCGCCCGAAGAAGUGCUCCGCUUCUGACUGUUGUGGUGCUACUGAUGCUCCUGGAGCUCCUGGAGCCGGAGCGACUCCAUCGGUCUCUCUUCCAGCUCCCGGAGAGCCGAAAGCCGUCGUGGAAUCGCAGAGAGCCGGAGCCGGUAAGGAAACCGGUUUGAUGUUCAAUAUCGAGGAUGAGCAAGUGAGAAAGGUGUGCGAGAAGUUGUUCACCGAGCAAAUGGAUUUGGGAGAGGCUUAUAUGGAUGACGAAGAAACCUCCGAAUUGGGUGCGAUUCACAUGUCAAACGCGAUCGCGUUGACUGGCGAGACCGCCCAACUUCUGAAAGUGCUCCGUGGCUCAAUUUCGCCAGCAAGCUUGGCACGUAUUCAGAAAUACCUUCCGACUGCUGAUUUGCGUGUCCAACAAAUGCUCCAAGACGAACUCGCCAUCGAGACGAUCGAGCAACACUUUGCUUGA